AUGAUCCCAGCUGUGAAACUCAACAACGGAGCGGACAUGCCUAUUUUGGGCUUGGGAACGUGGAGUGCGGAACCAGGAAAGAAUGAGCAAGAGGUUGGGGAAGGUCUUAAUGCUAUGAUCCAGCAAGGACUAGUCAAGAGGAAAGACGUCUUUGUGGUGAAUAAAUUAUGGAACACUUUUCAUCUUCCUUCACUGGUGAGAAAGGCCUGUGAACAGACGCUCAGAGAACUUAAACUAGACUACCUGGAUCUAUACCUCAUGCACUUCCCAAUGGGAGCUAAGCCUGGUGAUGAUCUAUUUCCUGUUGAUGAGAGUGGAGAAAUGUAUUCUGAUGGCAGUAAUUUCCUUGAAACUUGGGAGAAAAUGGAAGAACUUGUGGAUGAGGGGCUGGUGAAAGCGAUCGGCAUCUCAAACUUCAACAGAGACCAAAUUGAAAGCCUUCUUAACAAGCCAGGGCUCAGACACAUGCCAGCCAACCUGCAGAUUGAGUGCCACCCUUAUUUGAUUCAGGAGAAACUCAUCAACUACUGCCACUCAAAAGGCAUGACUGUGACGGCCUACAGCCCGCUGGGGUCUCCAAACCGACCCUUGGCUCCAAAAGAUGAAAUUUCUCUUCUUGAUGAACCUGUAGUCAAGGCUGUUGCCAAGAAACACAACAAAACUCCAGCCCAGAUCCUUAUAAGAUUUCACGUUGAGAGGAAUGUGGUUGUAAUCCCCAAGUCCAGCACACCAAGUCGGAUACAGGAGAAUAUUCAGAUCUUUGACUUCAAGUUGAGUGAUGAAGACAUGGAAAGUCUGCUGAGCCUCAACAAGAACUGGAGAGGAUUUACAAUGGAAUGGGCUUCACAGCAUAAAGACUUCCCUUUGCUUACCGAGAACUGA